GUUGCUGCCGGAAGUGACGUCGGAAGGCUCGAGCUGAGGCAAUCCCAGCGGCCUCCCUUCUGAGGUGACAUUUUUUCCCCCCCCUCCUUCCUCCGGCUUCUUCUUUUCGUCCCUCCUGCCCGGGCCGAAGUAGCGGCACCGGCCACGCCAGAGGAGGAACGGAGAGCGGGUGGGGGAAAGGAGGAGCCCCGGCCCCUCAUGCUCGAGCUGGCCCUUCCCGCGGGGCCUCAGGCCGGGAAGAGCCUCAGAGGCCGCGGCGGCGGCGGCGGCGGCAACAACUCUGAGAAUUUGGUGGGAAACAGCCAGAAUGACAACUUUGGAUUCUCAGGUCUUCUGUCUGCAGAGCAGUGACAGCAGAGGCUGAAAGGUUGCUUUCCUGCUGAAGCCCUAGGUGAGUUUGCACUUCCACAAAGCUCUGGGUCCAUCCUCUGAGGCCAGGAGAGACUUAAAAUUCUGAAAUGAAGAUGGAGGCAGCAGACAGAACAGAAGAACUCAUUGACCCAGAAGUCCCACCCAAACUCUCAGAGAAACAGGAGCCAGCUCUGGGCGAAGAGGGAUCUAUAGAACUGGAUAUGCCUGCUCAGAAAGAGAACCGAGCGCUGGGGGAGGAUUCGGCAGUCCUCGCCUCGAUGCCCUGCUUGCUGAUGGAACUGAGACGGGACUCCUCCGAAUCUCAGCUGGCCUCGACGGAAAGCGACAAGCCGACGGCUGGCCGCGUUUAUGAGAGUGACUCUUCCAACCAUUGCAUGCUGUCCCCUUCAUCCAGCGGCCAUUUGGCCGAUUCCGACACGCUCUCCUCCGCAGAAGAGAACGCUCCUGGCCAACCUGAAACGGCGGUCGAGGGAGACUCUUCCGCCGUGUCCGUGUCGACCGUCGGGAGGAAAUCGAGGCGGUCCAGAUCGGAGAGCGAAACCUCGACAAUGGCUGCAAAGAAAAACAGGCAAUCGAGCGACAAGCAGAACGGCCGCGUCGCUAAGGUCAAAGGUCACCGGAGCCAAAAGCACAAAGAGCGCAUCCGGCUACUGAGGCAGAAGCGGGAGGCCGCCGCCCGCAAGAAGUAUAACCUGCUGCAGGACAGCAGUACCAGCGAUAGUGACCUAACCUGUGACUCGAGCACCAGCUCGUCGGACGACGACGACGAAGUUUCAGGGAGCAGCAAGACAAUCACUGCAGAGAUACCAGGUUUCCUUUCCUUUCCAGAUGGACCUCCCGUCGUGCCCCAUUACGAUAUCUCGGACACAAACUCUGACCCAGAAGUAGUGAACGUAGACAAUCUUUUGGCAGCCGCAGCCGUUCAAGAGCACAACAGUACCGUCGCUAACCAGGACGCUGAGCCUACUUGGAGGACAAGAGGGCUGCUGGAAGAGCUGAAUGCUGAGACAAAUCAUCUGGAUGCCGAGUUCCUGGCAAGCAACAAACUUCCCACCAGCCACUCCCAGGUCAAUGAAGAAAUUAACGUCGCCUCCUCUGAUAGCGAAGUGGAGAUUGUGGGAGUUCAAGAGCAUGCAAGAUACGUCCAUCCUCGUGGAGGCGUGAUCCAGACGGUGUCUUCCCGGAAACACGGCUCAGGUCUGCAGUGCCCCCGGCAAUCAGAAACAUGGACAGGUGUGGCCCCUCCUCCGCAGAAUUGGUCUUCGCCCCCCGAAGUGGUAGAUCUGACGCUGGACGAGGACAGCCGACGGAAAUACUUACUGUAAUGCAGUAAUUUUUCACUGUGGUUUUUCUUCUUCUUCUUUUAUUUUUUUCUUUUCUCUUUUAGUUAUUUAGUCCUUUCCCUUUUUUGUGGCACAGACGUUUCUGGAUAUCUUGCCUUGGUGUCCGAAGCAUCUGCUCCGAACGGUUUUUUGUUUUUUUUUGGAAGUCUUUAGACUCGCUUGGGAAAAUUUCCUCCUCAGCCUCUUUCCCCCCCACUUCCUUUCCUCCUGCCUUUAGAACUGCAAGGUCACUUCAGACAUCUCUUUCUUUGAUUGACACUUUUGCUUAAAACAAAGGGAGCUUCCCGUCGGCGGAAAGCGUAGCACACUGAACUUCAGAGACAAGCUUCCACAGUUUUCUUGUUUGUUUGUUUGUUUUUUUAAACUCUUGUGUCUUUCGGUCGGAGUGCUGGCGGAUGGGAGCCACGAUACCUUCUCGGUCCCACCCUGGAGAGAGAGCUACGCCAGUUGCUUUGAAUUCACCACGAAAGUAAGGACGUUGCUGGUUUCCUUCCCUUCGUCUCUGGCAGCGUUAGAAGCAUUAAAAGACACCGCUGGCCCAACAGGCUCCCGGUUCUGAGUAUCCUCAUUGUAGCGUCAUUGUAACGUCACAAGCAGCGAGUCAGGACCAGGGGCCUCCAAGUGGCCAACGGAUUCCAUCUCGUAGAAGGAGCAAGGCUCAGUCCCAAAAGACCAACAGCCUCCCGUUCGUUUUCAAAUUCAGGAGUGAAUUUUCAGCUGCACUCAGAUUUGAGUUUUAUAGAGUAGUAGUGCAUUUUCUUAUUAUUUUUCCCCCUUCCCCUAUACUACUGUGUUCCUAUUGGUCACUUGGCUUGGCUUGUUAUAGCCUUUUUUUUUGGUCUUUCUUUUUGAAAAGGACUAGCACAAGGAACAAAAGCAAGCUUCUCCUUUCUGGUCAUCUGUAUUUUACAGAGGUAGCUUGAGGAUUGUAGCUGUAAUCCCGUAUCUAUGGGAUUAUAGUCGCAUGAUUGUAGGGCAGAAGUCUCCAAACUCGGAAGUAUAAAACAUGUGGACUUCAACGCCCAGAAUUCCCCAGUCAGCCUGGCUAGCUGAAGAAUUCUGGGAGUUGAAGUCCACAAGUCUUAAACUGGUCAAGUUUGGAGACCCCCUGUUGUAGGGGGUGAGAACUAGAGGCUACCUUCACACACAAAAAAGGUUGAAACAAGCCAUUAAAAAGUCAACCCGCUUCAAGUUCUGCUCUUUGCUGAGAAACCUUAAGAGGGAUUUGGGGGAAUGCUGAGCAGAGCCAUUUUCUGACAUUUUUUUUUCUCUUCCAUGCGACUGGAAGAGGCUCGGCUCUGCUCCUUCUGAGGGUAGCUCUCUGUAAAUUGGGAACUGAGGAGAAAAACGGAGAAGACUCCGAUCUCUGCACAUCGGAAUAAAAUUAAGGUGUGAGUUGGUAUGGCACCCACGCAGGAAACAGGCUGCUUUGCCUGUCUUAAUUUGAAUGUUUUCUGAGAAAAGUUUUGCUGUUAACCCAAAUAAGAUAACGAGAGGAAGGCCGGGGAGUCUUCGUUCCAACACCUUUUCCACUUAUCUGUAUCAGUUAGCUUUUAUAAAGCGUUAACACGAAAACUGGGCGCUUUAAUUUUACUCCAGUCGCUUCGAUUCUCGGAUCUCCUUCUGAGUUUUGUUUUUUUUCCCCCCCAACUGAGCUGGGUUUCACCACCGAAUUGAGAACGAUGCUGCUGCUGCUUGCUUGUAAGAACGUCUCCUGGGCCUUAGGCUAAGAUGUCUUCUGCAGAGACGCUGCUGAGGGCAUCCUUAUUGCCUCAAAGUGAGGGGGAGAUAAUGGCGGCACUUAUUCUGUGCCUAAGGGCUGGUGUCGUUGGGCCAGCUGGCCUCAAACACUCCCCCCCAGAGUGUCAGGAAACAGUGGUACAGGCGUAUCACGUCUUUGGCCCCUCAGACUCCUUGAAUUCUCCUGGUCGCUUUGCACGCAUGACCAAGAGAUUUGGGGCACGGUUCCACUUGAACGUGAAGCGUCCUCAGAAACUGGCCUUCUCGGUGGGGAGCAAAUGGUGGUCAGCAGACCAAACCUUUGCAUCUACUGGGGAUAGUAAGUAGUUUAAAGCAGGGGUCUCCAACCUUGGCAACUUUAAGACUUGUGACUUCAAUUCCCAGAGUUCCUCAGCCAGCAAAGCUCCCAGAGUUCUUCAACCAGCAAAGCAAAGCUGGCUGAGGAACUCGGGGAUUUGAAGUCCGCAAGUCUUAAAAGUUGCCAAGGUUGGAGACCCCUUCUUCAAAGGAAUAUUUCUCUCUUCCUGCAUCCACCCCUUUAGAAAGGCGAGGUUCACAAAUCAGGCAGAAUUUCCUUGCGAGCUUAGUUGGGUUUAUUAAAAAAAAAAAUUGUGAGAGAAACAACCCUCCAUUUGGUCAGGUUUUUUUAAAAAAAACUAAAAAUAAAAAGAAGACCAUGGAACAUCCUGUCCUUUGCUGCAUUCAGAAGCAUGAGCUAAAACAUGCACAUCCCCACCCCACCCCCAGGUCGAUCCAGUCCUUCAAAUGUCACGAGCCCGUUUCGUUAAAAAAAAAAAAAAUCUGUUGGCUUGUGUUAGACUCGGUGGAGCCAGACGGUUGGGUUGAAAGCUGUCGGAUGUAGGAAUUCAGAGGGAUUCAUCCCUCUUUAAAAAGGACAAACAAACCAACAGCCCGUGGUGAGAUUUUAACAGCUAGGGGACUCUUAACCAGGGAAGAAACAGGUCGCAGUCUUCUUGGUUGGUUUGGAGGCCUCUUUGAACGGCCCAGCUUCUGAUCUGGAGUUGGUACCUUUGUGCCUCAACAACCCUGACGGAGCGAUAGCGGAUCUGAGCAGAAACGGCGUUCCUUGGAACCGCACCCGCUGUGCUAACCAUACCCAAGCACACAUAGGCACACUCAGAAAGGCCAGGCUCCUUGUGGGACACUCCCCUCCUGACACCAGAACCCCACUCACCUAAAGUUGAUUUCAGGAUGUGAAAUUACCGUAUUUUUCACAGUAUAAGACGCACCUCCCCCCUCUUAAAAGUAGGUGAAAAUUUAUCCUGUUUCCCUAAAAAUAAGACAUCCCCUGAUAAUAAGCCCAAUCGGGCUUUUGAGCGUAUGCGCUAAAAUAAGCCCCCCCCAAAUAAGCCCUCCCCAAAAAUAUUUAAACGCAUGUGCAGCUGGCCCCCGCCAUUUCCUCUGGUUAGGGUUAGUGAGACUGAGCUAGAAAUCAGGCAAGAGGAGCCCUGUCUCGCUCCACACACCCCAAAAUAAUAAGACCUCCCCGAAAAUAAGACCAAUCGCUUAUUUUGCUGUUCAAAAAAAUAUAAGACAGGGUCUUAUUUUUGGAGAAACACGGUGGGUGCGUCUUGUAGACCGAAUACGGCCGUUUUUGGGCUCCCAAGCCCUCCACAUGUCGCAUUUUCUCCCUCCCAGGCCCCCAGAAGCAUUCUGCUUCUGCAAAAACGGGCAUGUUUUUGGUGAAAACGCACCUGUUUUUGGCAAAAAUGGGCUGUGCGGAGCACUGCAGAGUGCUUCGGGGGCCUGGGAGGGAGAAAAUCUGACACGCGGAGGCCAAAAACUAUUUUCCCUUGUUUUCCUGCUAUAAAUUUAGGUGCGUCUUAUACUCUGAAAAAUACGGUAAGUCCUAACCGAUUUGGGAAAGAAUUGCAACCCUGCAUCUCUUGAUGUAAGGAAGGCUCUCUUCUUUCUCUUCUUUCCCUUAAGCGGGCAUUGACACCUUGUGAAACGUGAGUCUUCUUUCUUACAGGGCGGGGGGAGAGAGCGGCUUAGGGAUGGCAGCAAGCAGCUGUCCAGAUGUUGCCCAAAUACACAACUCGCACAACUAGCAUAACAUCCGAAAGACUCAUCGUUGCACAUCCCCAUCCUUCCAUCUUCUGGUUCUUGUGGCAACUGGCUGUGUGUCUGGAUCAGGUUCUUCCAAGCCAAAGAACCACCUCCUCUCUCUCUCUCUCUCUGUCUCUCUCUCUCUCUCUCUCUGUCUCUCUCGGGGUGGUUGCCCUCUCUCACCAGGAGGCCAUCCCAUAAUUUCCACAUGGGAACAUCAGACCGAGGUCACUGGUCACUCCCUAGCAUAAGCGUGAGGCGCGCAUAAAGUAGCAGUGAGUGUAACGGGGCCGUAACAGAGCUCUGGGAUCUUCCGAAGGGAAGGCCACCUCCGUGGAGCAGAGGGGAAGGUCCACAGAACUGCAAUUGUGUCCCCUUGCACACUUUCAAUUUUCCCACUCAAAACGGUGACACCAUGAAGCUAUCCUAGGGGAAGCAGAUCCGAUGGGAGCGUCUGAAAACUUAGGAGCAGGUGAAAUCUGGCUUUUAGAGCAGCUUUGUGCUACUUUUUCCCACCCAAAGUCCAGAAAAAGUGGAGAAUUUUAUUCGGUUUUCUUUUUUUUUCUUUUUCUUUCUUUCUUUUUUUUCUAGUAAGGAAAGCUAUAGUUCUAACUGAUCUACUGAUUGAAUAAAUCCAGUAUUUAGUCUCUUCAUGUUGUUGGCCAGUAUCAGAAGCAUCUGGGAAAGCGUCCUGGUGGAUUUACCCUUUAAAAUGAAGAGGGGGUGAGGGGCGGGAGAAAAAAGCUAUUUUUUAGUUUGUAUUUGCUGUGACUUCCAUGUAUAUAUAAAAAACUGACUGCAUUCUAACCAAACUUCUUCCAAUUGUGCACUGUGUUUGUUCUAAAGGAAUCAUGAGGUUUGUUUUUUUUAGCUUGGUAACCAAGGUUGUUUUUUUUUCCCCUCUCAUUUUUUUUUUAAAUUAAAAACACUACGUUUUUCCUCUCUCUCUUGAAGGACUUUAAAAAGCAAUCUUUUUUUUUUAAAGGACGAGGAAGAAAGAAAAAAAAAUACAAUCACUGGAUAGCUUAAAGGUUUUGGAGUUUGGUGUUUGUUUGUUUGUUGUUGGGGUUUUUUUUGGGGGGGGGCUAUUUUUGUUGUAUUUUAUUUUGACAGAGCGACAGCCUGUCUCGAUUUGUCUUUUGCUCCAUUGAAAAGUGAGAUUGUAGCCAUUGUAUGGUUAAGAAUCGAUGCACUUGAUAUACUUUUUUUUUUUUUUUUUUAGCACAGGCUUGGCAAACGUGCCCACUUCGGGUUGGCCAUCAUAUUGAACCUUUAGUAAAGUUGGCAUUUUCGGCUGCAGCAAAAAAUAAAAUAAAAAAAAUUUCACUGAUUUUGCUAUAAGCAUUUGGCACGCUGCAACACCAGGCGGUCGGGCUUCUAAUUUUCUUGACAGGUCUGGUUUUAACAGCUUUGUUCACAUCUUCCACAAGGAAGAUUUUAAUUUUUUUCCUUUGGGGGGGAGAGGGAGGGAAAGUUAGAAUUUGUUUGUAUAACUGCUGAGUUUAAAAAGUCAAAAACACACGCAAAGAAGUUCUUUUUAACACACAUUCUUCUCUCCAUGUAAUAUUUAAUGGUCUGGAGGGGAAAAAUAGAGCGAUACUGAAUGACUAUAUUAUA